CGACCCCCACCCCGACCUCUGUCUUUGCCUCCUCGGUGGUGGGCCUUGAGGCCGACGAGGUGUGGGCCUCUCUGGGUGCCUUUGGUGCUGUCGUCCCCCUCGAACCCACAAAGGUGGCUGCCGUGGCCAUGGCUGAUGGCGCUCCUCCGUCGGCUGUCGGUGCCACUCGCUGCGUCAGCUACGGGUCAAAGGCUGCCGGUGGGCAACAACAGCAUGCCCUCCUUGCUCUGUCAGAGGCAAAGCAUCUCGUUCGAUGGAAGGUCGUGGCGGCAGACGCGGCUCCGGAGCUGGUCGGCUCGGUCUGGGGCAUCGCCCUCACCCGCAUCACCGAGAAUGCCGCUACCUACAUCGCGCUCUCGGCCACGCUGGCUCGUCCGGCCUCGGAAGACGUGCUUGCUGGUCUGCAAGCCUCAUGCCAGGCUUCACUCUCUGAUCUCCGCAUGUUCCUGCAGAACAAGCACGAGCUGCUCCGCGUUCGCUUCCGGCCCUACUCGCGCCCACAUCUGCUGCUGCAGCAGGUCUCGGACGCUCUCCUUGCCGACGCCGCCCAUGCGCUCGCCCACAACUCGAUCGUCUCGUCCAUUACCCUCGCGCGCGGCUCGGUCUCCCGCCACGGCGUCGAGACCCUGAUGGAGCUGCUGGCCUCGGCCGCCGGCCUCGCCUCUUCGCUCACCGCCAUCACCCUCACCUCGCUCCAGCUCUCUCCACACCUAUUGUCGGCCUUUGUCAGCGGCCUGGCACACUGUCCCAUUGCGCUUGCCUCGUUUAAGAUUCUCGGCUCGACCCUCGCCGACGACGCCGCCCUCGUUGCCCUCGUCCCUGCCCUCGAGGCUCUCGCCGACGCCAUGCCCUCGCUAGUCCAGCUUGAGGUCCACGUCGGCGACCCGCGCUCGGCCCUGCUCCCGCUCUCGAUCACCAACCGCGUCCAGCGCAACCGCGCGGCCCAGCUCGAGCACCCGGACGCCGUCGCUGGCCUCGAGGCCCUCGACCUCGUCACAAACCCCGAGGUUGACCCGGAGCUUGCCGCCCGCGUCGCCCGUACCCUCGCCACCGCACCCAAGCUCAAGUCGCUGUGGAUUCAUGACGUUGGCGGCGCCCCGCAGGCGGUGGAGGCUCUCAUCCGCGCUGGCCUCGGCGCGCCCAAGCUCGAGGCCUUCCGCCUCUCGCGCACCCGCCGCCAGCCGCUCACACAACCCUUCCUCUACCCGCUCGUCGACGCUAUCCUCUCUGCUCCGCACCCGGACGCCCUUGCCCUCCGCUACCUCGAGCUCUCCGGUCUUGAGCUCUCCACCAUUGCCGAGGGCGACUCGUCGCCGCUCCUCGCGUCACUCCUCGCGCUCAUUCGCGCAAACACCCCGCUGCAGGUCCUCGUCGCCCCACAGGACGGCGUCGUCGCCGAAUCUGUCCUCACCGCUCUUGCCGCCGCCGUCUCGGACUCAAACUCCUCGCUCCUUGUCCUCGAGCUCGGCUCGCCCUCCUCACACGCGCCCGUUCCGACCCGCAUCGCAUCGGUCGCUGACGGCAUGGCCUUUGGCCAGCCUGGCCUCGCUCUCCUCGCCUCGGCCCUCCUUGCCAACCGCGACCGCGCCAUCAAGGACAUCGUCGCCCACCUCGCUGCCAAUGACCCGAACACCACCAUCCUUCACUCGGAAAUCCUCGUCGACGAGCACUCGCUCCUCCACGGCGGCCUCGCCGAUGCCCUCCGCACCAACACCGUCGUCGAGACCAUCCGCCACUUUCACACCAAUGACGCCGCGGCCGUUGCCCUCGGCGAAGCCCUGCUCGACAACCCCCGCUCCGGUGUCCGUCUCAUCCAGCUCGACGGCGCGCUCACCCACCCGACCUGUGCCAUCUUUACCCAGCUCGUCCACGCCCGUGAGAACCUCUCCGUAUCGCUCGGCCCGGCCAACCCGUACAACGAGCAGUCACGCUCAUUUGCCCACUCUCCGGCCUCUGUCUGACUACCGGUACCUUCGCCGCCGCUCACUCGCGACGUCGCAACUUUGCCACCCGCUCGCCUACCCUCAGCACGGCCUCGAUCUCCGCAACCUGAGCCUCAGCCCAUGCCACUACCUCGGCCCGGACAGCCGCUCGUCCCGCCGCCGCGCUCGCUCCGUCGCGCUGCAGCUCCCCGAGCAACCACUCGCUCGCCGCCUGCGGCUCGUCGCCACCCACAGACACCAGACCAGAGACGCCUGCCCCCCGCAGCGCAUCCACCACCGGAGCCGCUGCACCCAAGUUUGGCCCGACCGCUACCGGCGCGCCCUCACCGAGUGGCUCGAUCACGUUGUGCGAGCCAAUGAUCGGCGUAAACGAGCCUCCCAUGACC